CAUUCACAUAAUAAUAAGAAACCGAGUAUUUGCCUCAAUACAUUUUUGCUCUUUUUUGUUUUUUCGAGUUAAUUUGUGUUUAUUCACUACAGUUUUCUUUUUUCCAAUGCUUUUAUCCUAUUCAUAGCUGUGCUUAAAAUGUAUAUAUGCCUCGAAUGAAAAAAAUGAACAACAGAAUAUGUAAUAUGAUUCCUUUGUUGUUAAUUAAUGGUGCAGAAUUAUAAUAUGAACUUUGAUAUCCACUUUCACAAAAAAAAAAAACUUUGAUACUCAUGAAAGAUAAAUAAUUGGAUUAGACCAAUAAGUUCAUUAGUUUCUUCAAAUUGGUAUCUUUCGUCUCAAAGAUGAAAUCUGUGAUGCCUCUUUAUUUUUGUUCAUUAUGUUAACACAUAAAUAAUUUUCUCUGAGAUCUUAAAAAUUGUUCGUUUAUAAAUAACAAUGCAAGUUUUCGUCUUUGUGUUCCAAUGAUUGAAAGUCCCAAAUUUGACGAACACUUUACUGCAGUAGUUGCUAGUAACAUUUGAUGUCAGUAAUUAUUUGACUGGGAAGUUGAAGGAACGUUGUGUAUCGAAGCUGGUUCUAUAUUUCUUUAUAUUUUCCUACCACCUCAGAGAAGGCAUCUUGUUUUCUUUUUUGAGAAAAGCUUAAAAAAAAAGAAGAUGUAAAAUAUUUUUAUUUUUUUAACUCAGAUUUCAUUAUCAAAGAAAAUGAGGUUUAGGAUACAGACCAAGAGGAGUAAAAUAUAUUUUCACUAAUUAAAACAAUUUAAUAUUUUUGGUAUUUGGUACUCCAAAAUUUUGUGGGACUCAAAAUGUCACAUGUUGACUUUGAUCUUUAUUUUCAUUUCAUUUAUAUCUCUUAUUUUGAAGGAAAGUUAUAGUUUUAUAAACACAUAUAGUUUUUAUAACUGAAUAGGUGACCUCUUUGAGAACAAAGGACCGGGUGCCUCUGUUCAAAAAAAAAAAUACCUUAGUGGAGAUUUGUCCCGAAAAUAAUACAAUUGCAACCCGGGUGUACUCUUAAUUGCAAGAAGUCUAAGGGAGGAUCGAUGGCAAUCAUAUGUUGUAGCAGGACAUCCUUUUUGGUUUCGUGGGUUGUUUAUUCAUGAAGGUAGAAUCAUUUGAAGUUUUUUUGUAUGGUGAUUUUUUGCCUAAUGCAGAUUGAUGUCGAUCCUUUUUGUGCUGUUUUUACAUCAGGUGUGGGAUGAGUGCAGUAGUCCCCAUGAGUUUCUGUUCUUGUUACAGCCUUUUGAUUAUAAUGAAAGUAUUAUUCAUAGCAAAAAAAAAAAAAGAAUAGGUAACUCAUUAUUCGUCGUACGAUUAGUUAAUUUCUUAUUGUAAGUAAAUACUACUAGUUGUUUUAUUAUACUAUUCAACUAUUCAUAAUUUUAAUGUUCAGACAAAACCGUGGGCUUAAUGUGAAACUUGUUCCAAGAAGUCAACACCAUACAACGAGAUUCAUGGGAGAAAUAUGCGCGGGAAGGAGUUGACCGAAAUUUAUAAAUCAUUACAAAAAUCAAAAAUGUAAUUUAUGUACUCCAUAAUAUUACGUCAAGAAUUUUACCAAAAAAAAUAUUACGUCAAGAAUUUAUAUAUCCAGACUUUGUUAAAACUCAAUAAGUAGGUGUAAGUACACACAAAAGACUACAACUCUAAAUAUAUAGUAGAAAAUAUAACAAGGCUUAUUCACACACUAUCAUUCUCCCAAACCCAAAGAAUAAUGGGGUUCCAAAGUCUUUUCAAAAUUGCCGAGCUAGAUAAUGUAAUUAAAUCCAUAUUUUAUACCAAUAUGAUCAGUGAAUUCUACAUAGAUUUUUAAAUCCUUCAAGAGAAUUGCAAAAAAAAAAAUUUGCAUGAGUUCAUUUUCUAAAUAUCAGCAAUUAACACGAUUACCAUAUCUUUCUUCCACUCUUCCAUUCUAUAUUCAUUUUUAAUAACCUUGCUUAGGCGAUGUAAAGUAUCACUAAAUAUUAAAAUAUCAUACAUUUAAAUAUCGACUACAUUGGUCCAAUCAAUUUAAUCCCCCUCACACAUAACACAACUUUUAUAAAUUCCAUUUACAGGCCGGCCAUUUGCACUCGUUCUUCUUCUUCUUCUCCACAUGCCCCACAUAAACGUCGCGCUACAAGUGCACAACGUCUCACUUUCAUCCUUUACAACUUUUCUCUCUCCCUCAUUUCCAUCACAAUUUCAUCUACUCAAAAUAAAAUAAAAAUUGAGACUACAAAAGAUAAAACACCCAAAUAUAAACUGGCCCGUCUCCAUUUUCGUUCACAAAAUCUCGCUUUAUAUAGCUUAUACUCAUGUAAGUAUUUGCUUUAUAUUCAAGUCUACAUUUAUCACUGCUGCUUCUAACGACAAAUCUUUGUAGUUUGGGAUUUGUUAAAUUAUUAUCACAGAAUAUUACGUGAGGUAUCUUGGAUAUCUUUUAUUAAGCUAUUUACUUAUCCUAUUGUAUAGAACUAUAUACUAAUACUUUCUAGAUUAUUACUGCUGCUUAUAACUCUAUGUUGUUAGGAAUUUGUUCGCGGUUGACGAAGUCGUUUUCGACAAACUGUUUACUGUCUGAACUCACCAAUGUCGUCGCAUGAAUAUUCAGCGCCCUUUCGACUACUUUACUUGCUCUGCUUUUUUCUUCUCCAUGACAGCUAUGUUUCCUUAUUUUCUCCUUCACCACCGUACCACAGAAAAAAACUGUGAUUUUAAAAGCCACAUUUACUUCUUUUUUUGUUGGGUCUAAAUGUUAAAAUAACAUGUGUACUUUAAAAGGAAGAACAUGGCUUCAUCCGCUUCAUGACAUGUGGUAAUUAUAAGAGUGUAAAACCUUGGAUUUGAAUAUUUUUUGUAGUAUUAAAUAUAUCUAUCUUAGAUUCUCCUGCAACUAGGUUUUUUCUAUGUCCCGUUGAAUUUCUGUGCUACUAGUAUUAGUUUUUGUUCAAUUUUUGUCUGUGUUUUAUUAUUUUAUGUUUUGUUUUCUGUCUUUCUUGCUCUCUGAUUGGACUCUAAUUGCUCAAUAAAUAAUAUUCUUAUUGUUUAGUCUUUUUUGAUUAAUUUCGCUUUCUUCUACGCGUACUAAUAUCUUGCUUGCUUCAUGAUUACCAGAUCCUCAUCCUAUAUCAUCCUCAGAUUCUGGUUCUUGACUUUGUACAAACAACGGUGGCGGAGAAAACAGCAGAGCGUUCUAUUGCAGAAACAUGGGGAAGAUCUUGAAAACUAAGUCUUCUUGGCCAAGAACCGUCGUUAGGAAGUGGCUAAACUUACGUAGCAGCGCUUACGAGUUCCACUCCGAUUACCAAGUCAAAGGUGAGAGAUUGGCUCGUGCAGUAACGGAGCCAACUCAGCCGAGGAGAAAAAGUUGCUCUGACGGUGAUUACUAUAUGAUCGUACCGGGAAAGUAUCCAGGUUGGUUGGGCCAAGCAAAUGGGGAUUUAAAUCAAUCAAUGGGUGAACAUGUGGCACGUGUUGAUGACAAACUUGAUCUCAAAAUGUUCGUCGGGACAUGGAACGUGGGAGGGAAGUCGCCACAUGAUGGAUUAGACCUAAAAGAUUGGCUUAAAUCUCCCGCUGAUACCGACAUUUACGUGCUAGGGUUUCAAGAAAUCGUGCCGCUAAAUGCCGGUAACGUACUUGGAGCAGAGGAUAAUGGCCCUGCGGCUAAGUGGUUAUCUCUUAUCCGAGAAGCCUUGAACAACAACAACAACAUAUCGCACAAAGACCUCGAACUUUCUAUUAAUCACAGAACCUUCUUGGAACUUGCUAAAUCAUCACAACAGCCCCGUCACAGCUUCUCCAGUCUCCCGGAUGAUAACCCAUUUGCAUGCAAUUCGACUCCUCUUCGAGGCUAUUCCCUUGCAGCGAGUAAACAGAUGGUGGGGAUAUUUUUGUGUGUGUGGAUAAGAGAUGAUCUCCGGAAACGUAUUACCAACCUCAAGGUUUCAUGCGUUGGUCGUGGCAUCAUGGGAUACCUUGGAAACAAGGGCUCUAUAUCAAUCAGCAUGUCAUUGCAUGAGACGAGUCUAUGUUUUGUUUGUACGCAUCUUACGUCUGGAGAAAGAGAAGGCGACGAGAUCAGAAGGAACUUAGAUGUGACCGAGAUUAUAAAGAGGACCAGAUUUUCGCGUUCUUCUAAAGAUUUUCAACCCGAAUCAAUAAUGGACCAUGAUAAAGUAAUAUGGCUCGGAGAUUUGAAUUAUCGGCUAAGGGCCAGUAGUGACGUGCAUGAACAGCUUAAGAAUCAUGAUUGGGAAGCACUUCUUGAGGAAGAUCAGCUAAAGAUAGAACAAAGAGCUGGUAGAGUUUUUCAUGGAUGGGAAGAAGGAAAGAUUUAUUUCGCACCAACCUAUAAAUAUUUUAUAAACUCUGAUAAUUACGUUGUACAAACCGAAAAAUCAAAGGAAAAGCGCAGAACACCAGCUUGGUGUGAUCGAAUAUUGUGGAAAGGUGACGGGAUGAAACAAAUUUGGUACACGAGGGGAGAGUCGAGAUUCUCGGACCACAGACCGGUUCAAUCUUUAUUUUCAUUUCAUAUUGAUUUGACUCAGAAUCAAUCGAACCGGAAGACCAGACUGAUCCACCAAAACCAUCGUCCCAACCCGGUAUUGCCUUACACAUGCCACGGGAAAGUCCAUGCUGAAGAGAUCUUGUUACUCACACGUGCACAAAGUUGUAUAGUCACACAACCUAGACUUAUAUCGUCUGCUAUUCAUUAGUUUCUUUGUUUUUGUUUCUGUUACUUUUUGGAUGUUUUCAUGUUGGCAAAGAAGAUAUGACACAUGGAUUCCUAGGAAUGGACAGUGGAGCUUCCAUAGUAGUAAAGCAAGAUUGUUAAAUAAUUUUAAUAUUAGCUAAUUUAUGGUGUAAAAAAAUAAGAGUUUUUAGUUUAUAAA